UCGUUCCAUCCCACGAGAAUCAUGCCGAUCGUCAUGCACCGCAGCGCGUCGCUCAACGACGACCGGAAGCGUCACAUUUACAUCAUCGCCCGGCUCUUGCACUCGAGCGCCGCCAAGGCGACCACGUUGCAGCACUUCCAGUCGGCCAAUGUCGUCUCGAAGAAGGUGCUCCGCUUGGCCGCCAAGAUGGAGCAGCAGCUGUAUGACACCACGUACGGCCGCAGCCUGAGCGAAGACGCUAUCAAAUACCACCUCAAAUACCUCGCGGGCCGCGCCUGCAGUGCACGCCUCCCGCCGCCGCCGCCGAGCCGCGUCUUUCAGUUCUAAGAACAUGAUAUAAUCUUAUUUAUUACUUGUCCACACUAUAUAAUAAUGUCAUGUCC